AUGUCUGACGUUGAAGAAGUCGUUGAAGUCCAAGAAGUUCAAGAAGAAAUUGUUGAACAAUCCGCUGAAGUCACCAUGGAAGAUGCCUUAAAGGUUGUCUUGAGAACCGCUUUGGUCCAUGAUGGUUUAGCCAGAGGUUUGAGAGAAUCCACCAAGGCUUUGACCAGAGGUGAAGCUCAAUUAGUUGUUUUGGUUAACUCUGUUACCGAAGACAACAUCUUGAAGUUAGUUGAAGGUUUGGCUAACGACCCAGAAAACAAGGUUCCAUUGAUCCACGUUGCUGACGCUAAGCAAUUAGGUGAAUGGGCUGGUCUAGGUAAGAUCGACCGUGAAGGUAACGCUAGAAAGGUUGUUGGUGCUUCCGUUGUUGUCGUCAAGAACUGGGGUGCUGACACUGACGAACGUGCCAUGAUUUUGGAACAUUUCUCUCAACAAUAA